AGUAUCAUUAAGACCAUUGUCCAGUAAAGAACAGUCUCAGUUUUUUGUCGCUUCGCAUAUUCAGAAAAAUGGAUUUCUAUUACCAACCCGGUUCGACUCCAUGCCGUGCCGUUUUAAUGACAGCAGCGGCUCUAGGCAUUGAACUCAACAAGAAACUAUUAGAUGUGCAGGGUGGUGAAAAUAAGACUCCAGAAUUCCUCAAACUUAAUCCCCAACAUACCAUACCCACUUUGGUUGAUGGAGAUUUCUCGAUAUGGGAGUCGCGGGCCAUUAUGACCUAUUUGGUAGAGCAAUAUGGCAAAGACGAUGAUAGCCUUUAUCCCAAAUGUCCUAAAAAGCGAGCAAUUAUCAAUCAAAGAUUGUACUUCGAUAUGGGAACGUUGUACAAAAGUAUUGCCGAGUAUUAUCUUCCGCAAAUGAUGAAAAAGGAAGCGCCAAAUGCCGAAGCCUACAAGAAACUUGAAACAGCCUUUGAGCUUUUGAACACAUUUUUGGAGGGUGAGAAAUUUGUGGCAGGCAAUGAUUUAACUUUGGCCGAUUUGGCCAUGUUUGCCAUGGUUAGUUCUUUGGUUGCCAUCGGUUUCGAUGUGAGCAAAUAUGCAAAUGUUAGCAAGUGGUACGACUAUCUAAGCGUCAAUGCGCCAGGAGCCAAGGAGAAUUGGGAAGGUUGUUUGAUUACAAAGAAGUUUGUGGAAGAGCGAAUGCCAAAACAAUAAAAAAAUGCGUACAUAAUUUACCAAAGACAUAUACUCGUAUUUGUUGUAUUAGACUUAGUUAAAUGUUUUAAAAAUUAUUUUAUUUAAUUUAACAAACUUAUGGCCUACCAAUGAUUUGAAAUGCAAGUUCCUUAUACAGAUUCAUCUGUCAAUAAAGAUUCCUUAAAAGAAAUGUAAUUGAAUUUGAAUAUAAUUGGGAGAGGUCGAUUUUUUGGGAUUAGUAUAAACUCCAUCAAAGAAAAGGAGGUACUGCUUUUGUCGUUUAGAUUUCAGAU